UCAUCAGUUGCCGGAACUUUGUUAGACUAUCCGUUUCUUCUUAGCACUAUCCAUCUCCAUUCGAUCUGACAUACAUAUAUGUCAUCGAAGAUCGGUGCCAAGGCCGCCGCGCAACUCCGUCCGGCGGCCCACCGCCAAGUUUUAUCCUUAACCGACGCUGCCGCCGAUAGAAUCCGCCAGCUUCUUCAACAUCGCCAGAAACCUUUUCUCUCACUCGGCGUCAAAUCUCGCGGCUGCAGUGGCUUAUCCUACACUCUUAAUUACGCCGAUGAGAAAGGGAAGUUUGAUGAAGUGGUCGAGGAAAAAGGUGUUAAGAUUGUAGUGGAUGCUAAAGCUCUAAUGCAUGUCAUCGGAACAAAGAUGGAUUUCGUGGACGACAAGCUCAGGUCAGAGUUCAUAUUUAUUAAUCCUAACUCCGAAGGGCAGUGUGGCUGCGGUGAGUCAUUCAUGACAACAUCCAGUAAAGAAUCUGCUUAAUUACAAAGUUGUAUGGUUUUAGACAGUAACUAUUGGUCAUUCCAGUUUUUAAGCCAACAAACAGCUUUAGCAACAGAUACGAUUCUGAAAAUGUUUUAAGAAAUUUUCUGUACUACAGCCGAUAAGAUCCUGUUAUAUGUUGUGGAACAAGUUUUUGGCAUUGUACAGAUGGUUGUAGAAUUUUGCAGUUCAUAUCUUCCACAAUCAUGUGUAAAAGUAGUGUAGAAACUUCCCUUUGUACUGGUAAAGAAACCAUUCACAGUUCACAUUCAGAUGUGAAUAUUUAUGAUGAUACAAUAUCUUUAA